AUGCCUCGAUUUGAUGAUUCGGACUUUUUGGUCGAGAGUCGUCCCAACGACAUCACCAGUACUCCUCGCAAUGGCCUACCUAUCCCUAGUGAUGGUAGUAACACCAUUGAGAUCCCCUCAACACGCAGCGCUAUCAGUGAUGCUGCGGCGCUUAUGCAUAACCUCAGCCUGUCGCCCUCCAUGAAGGAGCGAAGGAGCUCGCGUAACUCUUUUGGUACCUCUCUGCCCAUUCCACGCUCGCCGCGUCUCUCGCGUCUGCACUCUUGGAAGACAGAACGUCGUAUAGCUUCCCAUGAUAUCUUGACCUCGCAGGUCCAAGAUAUGUUCAAGGAGAAAGUGGAGACUGCUAAGAACAUGGCAUUUGCUUUCGAUAUCGACGGUGUGCUGGCACACGGACCUGAGCCUAUUGAAGAGGCCAAAGAGGCAUUGAAGAUCCUCAACGGGGAAAAUGAGCUGGGCAUUAAGAUUCCCUACAUCCUGUUGACCAACGGGGGUGGUAAAACCGAGGUGGCUCGGUGUGAGCAGCUCUCGCAGAUGCUCGAUACCACCAUCUCUACCGAACAAUUCAUCCAGUCUCACACUCCCAUGCAGGCUCUGGCCGAGUACUACGAGACUGUGCUCGUAUGCGGCGGUGAGGGUUACAAGGUUCGCGAGGUCGCCGAGACCUACGGCUUCAAGAAUGUCGUCCACCCUAAGGACAUUCUCGCUUGGGACCCAACUGUGUCGCCAUGGCGCACUUUCACAGAGGCUGAUCGGGUAAAUGCUAAGCCUCGUGAUUUCUCCAAGAUGAAGUUCGACGCUAUUCUUGUCUUCGCCGACUCCUACGACUAUGCCACGGAUUUCCAGAUUAUCAUGGAUCUAUUGCUGUCGGAGGACGGCAAGCUCCUCACCCGUGCCAAAGAUCCAGUCACCAGCCGCAUCCCCAUCUACUUCUCCCAAGGCGACUUGGUCUUCCCAACCAACCACAAGGGUCCACCUCGUCUGACACAGGGAGCCUUCCGUAUCGCCAUUGAAGCCCAGUACAAGGCUCUAACCGGCUGCGAGCUCGAGCGUGUUGUCUACGGCAAGCCCGAGCGCGCCACCUACACAUACGCUGACGAGGUCCUCAAGCACUGGAUGGAAGAGAUUCACACCGAGAACCGCCUGCCCAAGAACGUCUACAUGGUCGGUGAUAACCCGCAGUCCGAUAUCAUUGGCGGUAAUAUGUAUGGCUGGAACACCUGCCUGGUUCGCACUGGUGUCUUUCAAGGCAAGAAGGGCGAGAACGACGCCAACAAUCCGGCCAGCUUUGGUGUCUUUGACAAUGUCCUGGAGGCUGUAAAGGCUGCUAUUCGCAAAGAGCUUGGACAGGACUUCCAGCUCAAGUGGAAUCCUAAGAUCAAUCCCGUUCUUAACGAUGAGUCCAGUGCUGUUGAUUUUGAUUAG